CUCCACCCACCUUCUUGCUCUACCAGUUCGCGCUCUCCUCGGGCAGAAGUAGCAGCUGCGCUCCUUGCUCUCUGAGGGAGAAGCUGGCGUUAUGGCCACUCAGUCAGACAUGGAGAAGGAGCAGAAGCACCAGCAGGACGAGGUGCAGGGAGGGCUAAACAACGAAACCGCCCUUGCCUCCGGGGAUGCCUGCGGGACCGGGAAUCAAGAUCCUGCUGCUUCCGUCACCACAGUCUCCAGCCAAGCAUCUCCCUCGGGCGGCGCAGCUCUAAGCAGCAGCACAGCCGGUUCUUCUGCUGCAGCCGCCACCUCCGCCGCCAUUUUCUUCACCGAUGAGGCCUCGGGGCUGCCAAUCAUAGCUGCUGUGCUGACGGAGAGGCAUUCUGACCUCCAGGACUGCCACAGUCCUCACGAAGUCUUUGGGUGUGUGGUGCCUGAGGGGGGCAGCCAGGCCGCUGUGGGGCCCCAGAAGGACACUGGCCACGACGACGAGCACCUGGCCCAGACCAAGAGCCCCGGGAACAGCCGUCGUAGGAAGCAGCCCUGCCGCAACCAGGCUGCCCCGGCUCAGAAGCCUCCAGGGCGGCGUCUGUUUCCUGGGCCUUUGCCGCCAUCUUCUCCAGGGUUCCGGCCCAGCAGCCAUCCCUGUUCCGGGGCUUCUACGUCGAGUCAGGCAACCCAGCCAGGCCCUGCACUCCUAAGCCACGCAUCUGAGGCAAGGCCUGCUAGCCAAAGCCGCAUCACCCUGGCAGCUUCUGCUCUCCGCAGACGUGCAUCUGCUCCAGGCCCUGUCAUCCGACGCUGCACCGCCCAGCCAGGCCCUGCUUUUCCACGCCGCGCUACUCAUCUAGACCCUGCUCGCCUAAGCCCUGAAUCUGCGCCAGGCCCUGCCCGCCGAGGCCGCGAUUCCGCGCCAGGCCCUGCCCGCCGAGGCCGCGAUUCCGCGCCAGGCCCUGCCCGCCGAGGCCGCGAUUCCGCGCCAGGCCCUGCCCGCCGAGGCCGCGAUUCCGCGCCAGGCCCUGCCCGCCGAGGCCGCGAUUCUGCGCCAGGCCCUGCCCUUCGCGGCCGCACAGCAAGGUCAGACCCCGCUCAUCGCAGCACCAGCACGACGCCAGGCGCUGGCCUCCGGAGCCGUUCCACCCAGCGAAGAUCAGCACUUCUCAGCCGACGCUCCCGGUCUGGGUCAGCUGAUGAGAAUCCUUCCUGUGGGAUUGGCUCACAAAGGCUUGCCUUUCAGAGCAGAUCAGGCUCUCCUGAUCCUGAGGUCCCAAGCCGUGCUUCCCCGCCUGUUUGGCAUGCAGUCCGUAUGCGUGCCUCCUCACCCUCACCCCCUGGGAGGUUCUUCCUUCCCAUCCCUCAGCAGUGGGAUGAGAGCUCCUCCUCCUCCUGUGCUUCCAACUCCUCCUCCCCGAGUAGGUCUCCUGGCCUAAGCCCCUCUUCCCCUUCCCCUGAGUUUUUGGGCCUGAGAUCUAUCUCCACUCCUAGCCCUGAAAGCCUUAGGAAUGCUUUGAUGCCUGAGUUUUAUGCUCCGAGCCCUGUCCCUCCAGAAGAGCAGGCAGAAAUAGAGAGCACAGCUCACCCUGCAACACCGCCUGAGCUGUGACCCUCUAUGAGCAUCCUCUAAGGCCCACAGAAGGAAUCAACAUCUACCCACUUUGUGAAUGGGCUGCCUGUCCUGUAGUUAGCUGCGAGGUCUCCCAAAGUUCCAGCCGUUAACCAACAUCCUGAGUAGUUUUGAAGCCUCUCCUCCCCAUGACUCCACCACCUAGCACUUACCUGCUGUUGGCCUUUUGAUUCUGGGCCACCUUCUUCCUCAAGAGUUUGCCUUUGCCCUUGAGCUGAGAAUUCUGUUUUCCAAGUUGCUUUUCUGUUAUGAAAUGUUUUAAUUAGUAAAAUAAAUUGUUUUGUUUAAACAAAA